ACUGCAUAAUACUGCAUAAUCUCUUAUAAUAAUACGGAGAGUGUGUCCGUCUGUCUGUGACAGGCAAAGUGGAUGUGUUCAUUUUCCUUUGAUGUAGCCGAAAUUUCCUUUGAAGUCUCCGAAAAAGUUAUAUCCAUUUUGCCAGCGGGUUUACUUUGUUUACAUCACGUGAUCUAAAUGAAGCAACUUGAUUUGCUGAAAAAAUUUUAACGGCUAACUCCCGAAAAAUGGUAACCCUCGACACAAAAGCAACAACAAGAAAACAGCCCCUUCGUCUUGAAAAAUUGCAAAAAGUAAUUCAGAGAAAGAAAAGUCCAAGAAAUGAAGUGAGAAGUGGUAGCUAGAGCUAGAAGUAAAGUAGUAAAGUUAGAAGAAGAAAAUAGAAGCUAGAGGUUGAAGUGGAUUUGAAAUCACAAAUAUGUAUCGGGUACAAAAACAGUUUGUUGAAGGUGCAAGUGAGUGGAUGAAAAUGGAGACCACACCUUUUAUGGAUGAAGAUGAUAGAACACAUGACUUAAGCAAAAAACAGAAAUAUAUAGAUUCAAGCGAUACAAAUUGGACAGUGUUUUACGUAGUAUUCAUCGCAACUGAAGUAGUUGGCGCGCUAUGUAUUAUUUUAGUUGUGGUGUUGGUGACACAGUAUAUGGGCGGGUUUGCAUGGGAUGGAUCAAAACAAAUGUUCAACUACCACCCUGUGUUUAUGGUGACUGGAAUGGUUGUGUUGUAUGGAAAUUCUGCGAUGGUAUAUCGAAUCUUUCGCCGACAAAAUAAGAUCUCCGUAAAACUCCUACAUGCUGCUCUCCACCUGGGCGCUUUAAUAUUCGCCGUGGUCGGAUUAUACGCUGUGUUCAAAUUUCAUAUAACAGCAGGAUAUCGGAACAUGUAUUCCAUUCAUAGUUGGUUCGGCAUGGGUGCUGUUGUAUUGUUCUGUUGCCAGUACCUGUUUGGAUUUCUUGGUUUCUUGUACCCCAAAUUUGUCGAAAAUCAAAGGGGAUAUUAUUUAAAAACACAUGUCUACUUUGGUGGUGUUAUUUUGGCAUUGGCUAUUGUAGCUUGUGCGUCAGGUAUUACAGAGCAGAUGUUAUUUAAAUUCAAAGAUGUGUAUUCAAAGAAGUCUUCAGUUGGUAUCAUAGCCAACUCUCUUGGUGUUUGUAUUGCUCUGUAUGCCAUGUUGGUCGGCUUCAUAUUGUAUAACACAUCAUACAAACGAAGUUCGAAAAAUUGAGCAAAGUAGACUUUGUUUAGAAACUUGAAACUUGAAAAUGUAAUAUACAAAAAAAAUAAAUAAAUAAAGCUACCGCUUCGACGCUCA